AUGCGUUUCUCUACCGUCGCAAUCCUUGCACUCUCUACCGUCGCGCUCGCUAGCGCUGCGCCCGUCAAGCGCGCCAACAGCGGCCAUGCCACCUUCUUCUACCAGGGAGGCAACGCCGGUAGCUGCGGCACCGCCCACAGCGACAGCGACGCCGUUGUAGCCAUCAGCUCCGCCAAGCACGACUCUUCAAACUGUGGAAAGUGGAUCACCAUUACCAACACCCAAACUGGUCAAACCACCUCCGCUCAAAUUGCCGACACUUGCCCUACCUGCGGCACCGACGACAUCGACCUGUCCAAAGGUGCAUUCAACAAGAUCGGCACUACCGAGGAGGGCGAGGUUCCAGUCACUUGGCACAUGAACUAA